CUGAAAAGAGGCGUCUUUGUGCACCGAACCUUUAAAUUGUGAGCAGCCACUUGCCGCCUUCACUUUUUUGGAUCCUGUUGCUCAAGCAUCUCAGUCAGCUCCUCUAGCCAUGAAGAGUUUUGCACUUCUUUUCCUAGUAGUGAUCUGUGGCAUGGGAGGAUUGGGACAGAAGCUGAAGCCAAAGAAAAGAAGCAAUGGUGAAGAAAUCAAUUUUCGGACUAAAAGCAAAGAUGUUUGCACAAUGAGCAUGAGCGGGGACGAGGAGAUGAAACUCAGAGUCGAAUGCAAAAGCCAAGGCAUGUCCUACUGGUGUGAAUUCACUGGCAAGCCAUCAGUCUGUCGUGCUUUCAGAAACAAUCCAAAGAUUUACUGGAAUCAGAUCGCUGCAGAACUUAGAAAGCUCCCGCAUGCUUGUGAAGCCACACAAGUAUUGAAGACCACCAUGUGCCAAAAGGCUCCCACAGCAGCUCUCAUGAAGCAAAUAGCUUCUGGCAUGGAGCCGGGAGAUCGAGCAAACCAGGAAAAAUCAGUCCAGAAAACUUCUACUUCUAUGAGGGGAGCAGGGAGAAGCACUCUGAAGAAAAUAGGGAAGCCUCCAAUAUUACCUCUUAUAAAACCAACCCAACGUGGCCACGGGUCUGAAAAUGAGUCAGAAGCGAUGAGACUGGCACGGGAACAUUGCUGGGAGUCCCUGCAUGGGUUCUGCUCCUACAUUAUCAGCAUCUUCAGAGGUUAA